AGUGAAUAGGAAUGAGUGCAGCUGUGAGUCGCCAGCUUGAUCCUUGCUCAGUCCUGCAGGGAGGUAGACAGGACCGCCGACUUUUCUGUGCCACUCUGGAUUUUAAAGUCUCAUUUAAGAAGGAAAACAGGAGGCAAUAUGGGAGGUAAGCUGACCAAGAGGAAGAAGGGCUACAAUGUGAAUGACCCAAAAGACCAGAAGGAGGAGGCUGCAGGGAGACACACCGGGAAGCAAAAUGAGGAAGACACUUCAAUGACAUUUAAACUAAAGUCAGAGUCUGAAGCUUCAGGUUCUUCCAGCACCGUCGUGGAUACUACUGCAGUUGAGAAAGCUGCAGUGGAGGCUAACAGAACAUCACAGGAAACAAAUCCACCAGAAGAGGCAGCUCCUGAUGCAUCUCCAAAGGAAGUAGAGGAAGCAUCAGCAGGAGGAGAAACUGCACCCCUCACAGUAAAUGAAGAGCCAAAGGCUGCAGAAGCAUCUGCAGCAACUGAACUGAGCUCUCAGGCCAAGAAUCCAGGACCAGAGGUCUCCGGGACAAACGAGAAAGAAGUUUUUGCUGAACCUCAACAAUCAAGUGAGUCAUCUCCACCAGAAAGUCAAGAUGUCCAAAGCAGACCUGAGGCAGCAGGAGGCUCCAUCACAUCAGCAACGGACGUGACAAUCGAAGAAUCCCAGGAUUCUGAGAAUGAAAUUUUUGCAAAAGCCACAGAAAAAAAGAUAUCAUGCACUGAGUCAACAGCACAGGACCCAGACCCAGGGUCUGUUAACCAGGUACAAAGAGAUUCUGCUGACCUGGAACAGCCUGGAACAUCCAGCACUGCAAUCAACUUGAUUUCCAAGCCAGAUUUAGAAUCACCCAAAGAUCCCACAACAUUGGCUGUAGCUCCAGAAAUUAGUCUGGGAGAAUGUCGUUCAUCUGCCCUUGAUGAUCCCUCCGAGAUUUCAGCAAUGGCCACGGAUACGUCAGUGCACCACAAACCCUGUGUUCCAGAAUUGGAAAGCACUUCCCAAGGCUUGCGUGUUCCUGAAGAUGCUACUGUUGAUUCCAAAGUAAGUGAGGUGGUAGAGGCUGAAGGAAACCCAGUACCAGAGGAAGCAGAGAAUAUACAGGAGGCUCCCAUUUUCCAAGUCAGUCCAACACUUGACAAGGCCGAAGGUCAAAGCGAAAGCACUAAAGACACUGAGACAGAAGCCACCUUAACAGCCAAUGGUACUCCUCAGACCGCUGUUUCCGAGUCAUGUACCCCUGUUGAUGAAAAGAUGGAGGAAACAGGUAUGCUGGAAAACGUGGUCAAUAGUCCCACAGAGGGGAGCUCUGAAGCAGGUGAAAACCACCUGUAUGAUCAUUCAGAAGGGGCGAGCACAGAGGCCAUAAUCACAGCUAGUCCUUCUGAGGACAUAGCUCUGGGUGUGAAGGUGAAGCAUGAGAACGGUGAGGUAGAGGACGUCAGGUGCUCCACGCCUGAGCUAAGCAGCCCGUGUCUGGAACAGGCUGACAAGCCAGCUGCUGACAAACCCACCAAAAUACAGCAGGAGUGUGUUGGCGGCAUCAGCAAGUACCUCGAAAACUCAAAUGAGGCCGAGGAUGGUGAAAUCCUGCAGGAGACACUGGGAGUUCCUGAUGCUUCUCAGGCCCUUGAGCUCGUUUGAAAGAGUAGCAGAUCAACCUGAUAAUUUACUCAUUUUAAUUCAGUCUUAAGAAAAUUUACAGGUCUGUUAUAGUGGUUCAGGCAAGAGAAAAACAUUAAAGAAAACAUGGAUUAACGGCUGGAAAAUAAGUACUUGCUCCUGUAUCUUUUACCUACGUGGUAAUUCAUAAUCAGAAAUGUCCAAAUAGAAUGAUGAUGAUGGGCAGUUUGCUGUGUGCUUAAACUGGCUUAGCAUAGCAUACAACAUUAAUAGUAAUGAUAGUAACAAUAGUCUGGUCUUUAACUCAGUGAUGAAUGAACAGUUUAAACUUUGUGUGUCUUUUCAUAAACAAAACAAAAUCACAAUGGCAUUGUUUUGAAAAUAAAGCUUUACUACAG